CUCCUAACUCCUCCUAAUAAACCCUCCGCCGUCCCCGGGAAAGCUAACACCACCGUUCACCGCUGGUUCCAUAAGGGACACUGAGACCCCCGCUACGUCCGCCGCCGGCAACUUUUUCCGCCAACCCAAAUCAUUAAACUUUAGUUAGAGAUAAUGGGUUGUCGUCAACGAGAUUUCAUGUUCUGUGAAAUGUGUGGAACCAUGUUGUCGUUUAAUUCGCCAGUUAAAGUCACCUGUUCUGUCUGCAGUCAUCAGAAACUUAUCAAAGAUAUAGGACCUGCAGAGAUUCGCUAUACUCUUACUGCUGAGGAUAUCAGAAGAGAGUUAGGUGUAUCCGCCCUGGAGGUUUUCGAAGAGGAAAAAGAGUUGAAGCAAAUUGUUAGUGUUGUUUGUGUAAUGUACUUCCACAAACUUAAUUCUGGUCUCUGACUAAAUUUCUCACCUUUUUUUAAUUUUGGGUGAAUAGGAUGCCAAUGCGAAAUGUAAAGCGUGUCAACACAUGGGCUUGAAUUACUUCACUAAACAGGUAAGAUUCAUGGAUUUCUGUGUCUUUCUGUGGACUACACUUUAUUGAUAGGUUAGCCGUCUCGUUGCUGCUCUGCACUAACAUUAGAUUCUCGCUUCAUGUUAACAGAUCAGAUCUGCUGAUGAAGGGCAGACAAUUUUUUAUUCAUGUCCGAACUGUGGCAGCAAAGAGACGCUUAAUUCAUAACCAAUUGUUUUCAUGUACGUUUUUUUAAGCUGAGCUAUGUCAGAUUUAUUCAGUUCCUCAGAAUUUUGUUAUCUCGCUUUAGUUUUGGCCGCUUGAAAAUUCUGUUGGAGUCAAACUCAAAUAGGUUGAGGCGUAUGGCCGAAAUGUAUGUAACAAUGUAUGCAUAUUCCAGAGCUUUGUUGUGAUAUGAUUUGGAGUUGAUGGAGUCGUUCACAGUUCAUAAGAAAACCAUAGUUUUUAGGUGUUUUCAGUUAAUUGAAUGUUUGAGGCCUUUGAGGUGGCAAGUUUAAAGGACAGGUCAAACGAACUACUGUAAUUCUGGCAAUUUUAUCUAACUCAUUUUGCCGACUAUUGAAUGAUGA